CACCAGAUGCAAAGAAUAAAUAGCGUAAACGUCACUGAACAUGACCAAUGACACUCAACACCAACAAGAUUCAACGAAGAAACAUUCCAACUCCCGAAUUACUCUCUCUCUCCAUCUCUUUUUAUUUCUUUGCCAAGGCACAGUUACACAGAAAGAUGGACAAUGGCGGCAAUGCCAAUAAGAGCAGCUACGACGACAUAAACGGCAAGAUAAUGCUGAUAUCAAUCAUCAUUGUCUCCCUCGUUCUCACCAUAAUGAUAUGCUUCCACAUCUACGCCCGCUUGUAUCUCCGACACUCUCGCCAACUCCGCCGCAAUAAUCAUAGCAUCCGCCGGAACGCGCACCACCACCCUCACUUCGUAUUCUACGUGAACCCCGCCGUCAUGUUGGCCUCCCGCGGCCUCGAUGCCUCCGUGAUUGCCUCCCUUCCCGUCUUCACCUUCUCCCGCAAGACCCACCCUCACACCGUCGACUGUCCCGUUUGCCUCUCGGAGUUCGAGGAAGGGGAAACGGGUCGGGUCUUGCCCACGUGCAACCACACCUUCCACACUGAAUGCAUCGAUAUGUGGUUCCACUCCCACUCCACCUGCCCACUUUGCAGGGCACCCGUGGAGACUCCGAAACGACCCGAUUUGGUUAUAACUGUGGGCCAUUCUGAACCAGGUUCGAGUUUUCAAGGUGAUGGACUGAACCAAACCGGACCCGUGGUUUCUCCUAGUUUGGUCCCAAAGGAUUCUUCGUCGAUUGUGAAUGUGAGCGUUGAGGUGCCCGCAAGAAACGAAGAUUAUGGUUGUCAGUCGCCGUCGUCUUCAUCGUCGUUUCGGUCACCGGUGGGUCGCAUGAAGAGGAUUCUGAGCAGAGAGCAAAAAGCGAGCACAGUUGGGUGCAGCUCCACGGCAGAGGAAGGUGUACGAUCGGAGACUCAGUAAGUUGGUGAGGUGACGUGGCGUUAUUGGAAUCUAGGUGGUAGAUUCAUAUCCAAAACGAUAACACGCUAGAAUCGUAGAUACUAGUAUUAUACUACCGUACUACCAAUGUAUUUUUUCAUUUCAUAUAUAUUCUUUUUAUUA